UGGGUAUGGUAACACGAAAUUUACAGAGAAAAGAAAACACGUUGUUGUAAAGUAUCCGGAACCAACCACAAAAAUGGCUACCAACGUUGGCCCUCAAAUCCGCUCUGGAGAGCUCGUCUUCGGCGUUGCUCACAUCUUCGCCUCUUUCAACGAUACUUUCGUUCAUAUCACUGAUUUGACCGGUAAGGAAACCAUUACCCGUGUUACUGGUGGUAUGAAGGUCAAAACUGACCGUGAUGAGUCUUCUCCUUACGCUGCCAUGUUGGCCGCUCAAGACGCUGCUGUCAAGUGUAAGGAAGUUGGUAUCACUGCUCUUCACAUCAAGAUCCGUGCUACCGGUGGUACUGCCACUAAGACUCCUGGUCCUGGUGCUCAAGCCGCUUUGCGUGCUUUGGCUCGUGCUGGUAUGCGUAUCGGUCGUAUCGAAGACGUUACUCCCGUCCCUACCGACUCUACUCGCAGAAAGGGUGGUCGUCGUGGUCGCAGACUUUAAAUAUGUUUGGGGUUCUGGGACUUUUGGAUUUUUACUAUCGAAUCUUUUGUGUAUAUGCUCCGUUCCUCUUGUAUCACUGUUACAAAAGGGUACCAAUUGAUUUGAUUGUAGGUAUUCAUACAAUAAAAUAAACUAUCGAAAUCCUUUCUUAUGAAAUCGCUCC